AUGCCCCAUACAGGCAUGGAUGGGGAGAGUGGGUAUAAGAAGAAGCUCAAGAGUGAAAGUGAGAGAAAGCUGAAAGCAAAGGAGCUGAGACUGCAGCGUCCUUCUGAGAAGCUCUUCCAUGAGGAACUUGGUGAACAGAAAAUGCUCCUAGGACUGCUCACCUCCAUUCUCUUCUGGCUUCCAGGAUGCUUCACCUUGUCCGGUCCAAGUGACGUGAGUGGUCCAAAGACAGGAACAUUGACAGUGGAGUGUAAUUAUGAGGAAGGAUGGGAGACCUACUCCAAGUGGUGGUGUCGAGGUGCUCGUUGGCAGGUCUGCAAAAUUCUUGUCAAAACAACGGGAUCAGAAGAGGUGGUGAAGAAGGACCGAAUAACCAUCAGAGACAAUCAGCAAGACCGUAAAUUCAUUGUCACCAUGGAAAAGUUUGGAAAAAGUGAUGAAGACUUUUACUGGUGUGGGAUUGAGAGAACUGGAGUCGACCUUGGAGUCCAGGUUAAAAUGUCAAUUGGCCCAGCUCGGUCUCUUGCCCACAGGGAGUAA